CGUGGGCUGUGUCACAUGACACCACUUUCCCCUUGGUGCCUGCGCGUGCCGGCUCGGUCCGUCAGUCAGUGCGCGGCGGGGCCUCGCAGCAGGAUGAGUGUCUCGCGCUGGUUGUUGCUGGUGGUCGCUGCCGCCGCGGCGCUGGCCGAGGACCCGUUUGGAGAAGACUGCAGAAGUAAAACAUAUCCUCCUGCAGGACCAACAUUCAAAGGGACGGUUCCAACAUACAUCAUAAAUCUUGAUUUACCUCCCAGCAGAAGAUGGGAUAAAUUGCUGAGUGACAAAAAAAUAGAGUUGAAGACUGUAAUUCAGAGUAUUAAAAAUAUAGCAGAUGCAUUCAUCCCAAGUGGCAAAGUUGUUGAAAUAGUGGAUACUAAGUUGGUUCGACUGAUUUCCACCCUUCCCUACCCUUUCAAUGAAGAGCUCAAAGGGAUUGCAAAUGCUUCAGGCAUUCCUUUGGGAGAAAUUGUUCUGUUUAAUAUCUUCUAUGAAAUCUUUACAGUAUGCACUUCAAUAGUAGCAGAAGACAAAUCCGGAAAGCUGUACCACGCUAGAAAUUUAGAUUUUGGACUAUUUCUUGGGUGGGACAUAAAAAAUAGUUCCUGGAUUAUAACUCAGGAACUGAAGCCCUUAGUGGUGACUCUGGACUUCCAGAGAAACAACAAAACAGUAUUUAAAUCUACAAACUUUGCAGGAUAUGUGGGCAUGGUGUCUGGAAUCAAACCAGGAAUUUUCACUCUUACAAUGAAUGAGCGCUUCAGUCUUGAUGGUGGUUACAUUGGAAUCUUUGAGUGGAUUCUUGGGAGGAGAGAUGGUAUGUGGAUGGGCUUCCUCACCAGAACUGUGCUAGAGAAUGGUACAAGUUAUCAAGAAGCAAAGGACCAGCUGGUUAAAACAAGACUACUGGCUCCAGCUUACUUCAUACUGGGAGGAAACAAAUCUGGAGAGGGCUGUGUAAUCACUCGUAGCAGACAAGCUGCCUUGGAUAUCUGGGACCUUGAUUCAAACGGGGGCACAUGGUAUGUGGUGGAAACAAACUAUGAUCGUUGGAAGGCUCCCCUUGUCUUGGAUGACCGUAGAACACCUGCAAUGAAGUGCAUGAACCAGACAAAGCAAGAGAAUAUCUCCCUACCAACAAUCUAUGAUGUUCUCUCCACAAAGCCUAUCUUAAAUAAGCUGACUGUGUGCACAACACUGAUGGAGGUUUCAGAAGGCCGUUCAGAAAGUUAUCUGCGGGAGUGCAUAGGUGCCUGUAGUCCAUGGUGAUCCUCCACUCAUCUGGGAUGAGCUCUGCCUGUUGGAAUUGGAUGCCCUUCACUAAAGAACUGUACCUCUGGAAAGGGGCUCUUCAGCCUACAAAUGUUUCAUCAGAACUUUGUUUUCUAUUUGCAUAUAGCUAUCAAUGAGCUUCUAAGAAUAGAUCCAGUGUAGGACAGGCCUCCAUCUGCUUCCUUAAUUGACAGUUCAGACAACUGUACUAGCGUUCUUUUGUUUCAACUUCCAAGUAUAUCUCUAAGUGUAAUACAACAAUCACCUGUUGGUCCCUGCUAAUUAGUUACUGCAAUUGUUCACCAUCAGAGAAUUCCUUUUUUCUGAUUAAAGAUACUUUUAAACUACAAAAUUCCAUUAAAUGUGGCACCCUCUCCCAGUAUGAGAGAACUAGAAAUGUGUAAAAAGGCAGUUGAUUAAAUGAGUUCUGCUACUCUUCCUUUUCACAAUAACAAAUUAAGAGUUAUAUAGUUGUUUAAUGCUGCUAAUCCAGUAUUAAGGAUGUAUUUCUAAAAUGUCUGUGUAAAAUGAGCUAUCCAUAAAAUAGCUCCUAUUACAAUAAACAAGCUGUUGGGGAA